CAAACCUUGAAACGACCCCGGGAGUAUGUCGAAUCUAUUCUUAGUAACACGGCUCACCUUCGUCGCGUCUUCCUGACGUCGCGCCUUCAACACGACCGCACAGCAUACAAACCCCACGAACAACAACAAUGUCCUCCUCCAAACCCCUCUCCCUAACCCACGUUGUUGCCGCAACCUCCUCUGCCCUCGGUAUCGGCAAAUCCGGCGGCCUUCCCUGGCGCCUCCGCAAAGAAAUGGCUUACUUUGCAAAGAUCACAACCGCCGUCCCCGCAUCCCCUUCACAGCCCUCUGCGAUGAAUGCAGUCAUCAUGGGCCGGAAGUGUUGGGAGAGUAUCCCACUGAAGUUCAGGCCGUUAAAGGGACGCGUUAAUGUCGUUAUUUCUCGGGCGGAAAAGAUGGAGUUAGGGGAGGUGGAGCAUGUGUACCACGUCCGCUCACUACCCGCCGCGCUGGAACUACUCCAGAAGCUGGAAACACCCUUGCAUCACGUCUUCGUGAUCGGUGGUGCACAGAUCUAUAAUGCGGCUAUGGCACUGCCAGAGUCAAACCGGAUAUUGUUUACGGCGAUUGAGAACGAUUUCGAAUGUGAUACAUACUUCACCCCGGAUUUCAGAAAGGAGGGGAGCGGGUGGGAAAAGAAGACGCAGGAAGAGUUGGAGCAGUGGGCGGGGGUCGAAAUUGGAAAAGGCUUGGUUAAUGAAGGGGAUGUGAAAUAUGAGUAUCAGAUGUGGGAGCGUAGGGAAUGAAUGAUAAAUGUCCCUAUAUUGAUAUGGGAAGUGGUAUAAGUGUGUAAAUCCUGCUCCGUCCCUUCUCCGCUAGGCAUACAUGUAUAUACUCCCGAAACCCCCAUAGGUAUAUUUAAUGCUUCCCAUUCACCUCCCCCACCUCCUCCGCCGUCUGAUACCCAUACGGAUUCCCCUUCUGCCACCUCCAUAAAUCCCUACACGCAUCCUCAACCGUAAACUCCGCCUUCCACCCCAACU